AUGAGGGCUAUUGGAAUUGUUCUCACACAAAAGGCAAAAGCCGAGAGAUGUUGUUCGACUUCGUACUCUAGAGCGAACCGAGCCAAACCGGAUAUGAACCGCGCCGUCUCGAACUCUCGAGCCCGCCUCGCCGCCUUCUCCUCGUCGUCCUCCUUCUCCUCGUCGUCACUGGCGUCGGAGGCGUGGGAUGGGCGCUUCCGGCUACACAAGCCGCGGGGGCAGCACCUGCUCACCAACCCACGCGUCCUCAACGCCAUCGCGCGCCACGCCGCGCUCCGUCCGGGCGACGCCGUACUCGAGGUCGGCCCCGGCACCGGCAACCUCACAGCCCGCCUCCUCGCCUCCCCGGUCGACCGCGUCACCGCCGUCGAGAUCGACCCGCGCAUGGUCGACGCAGUCACGUCCCGUUUCGGGGCACUCGACCUGGCGCACAAGCUCACGGUGAUCCAGGGGGAUGCCAUGGAGACCGAAUUCCCAGAGUUCGACGUUUGCGUGGCUAACAUCCCCUACGGGAUCUCCUCGCCGCUCAUCGCGAAGCUGCUGUUCGGGACGUACCACUUCCGGACAGCAACGCUCCUGCUGCAGAAGGAGUUCGCGCGGCGGCUCGUGGCCAUACCAGGCGACUCGGAGUAUAACCGCCUGGCGGCCAACGUUGGCAUGGUAGCUGACGUGAAGCUGCUCAUGGACGUGAGCAAGAGGGACUUCGUUCCCAUGCCCAGGGUAGACUCCUCCCUCGUCGAGAUCCGGCCGAGGGCGGCUCCGCCUGAGGUCGACCUCGCCGAGUGGCUGGGCUUCACGCGGGAGUGCUUCGGGCAGAAGAACAAGACCCUCGGUGCCAUCUUCAAGCAGAAAAGGAAGAUCCUGGAUCUUCUCAAGCGGUCUCAGAGAAGCGAGAGAUGCACAAGCGAUGCCCCUGGCAUCAUCCUCGGUGUUCUUGACGGCGACGGUAAUGACGAAGCCUGCAGCGACGAAGACGGCGACAGCAGCGAUCGAGCAGCUGGUUUCAGCACGGAAGAGGUCGAGGCUUUCAAGGAAAGGAUUGCCGGUGCUUUAGAGUCCACCGAACUCGCUGGGAAGAGGCCGUCCAAGAUGUCAAACGACGAGCUUCUUUAUUUGCUCAGGCUAUUCAACGAGCGAGGGAUAUGGUUUCAGUAG